GGCGAGAAGCUGUGCCGGGCCCAGCAGGAGCUGCACUUCCAGGCUGCCACCUACCUCUGCCUGCUCCGCAGCGUGCGGCAGCACCGGGCCUUGCACCGGGAGUACCACGGCAAGGGGGAGCGUGACACAACCCGUCAGCGAAUCAAAUUCAGUGAUGACAGAGUGUGCAAGAGCCACCUUCUCAAUUGUUGCCCUCAUGAUGUGCUCUCUGGAACUAGAAUGGACCUUGGAGAAUGUUUGAAGGUGCAUGACCUGGCAUUAAGGGCAGACUAUGAAAUAGCAUCCAAAGAUCAAGAUUUCUUCUUUGAGCUCGAUGCAAUGGACCACCUGCAGUCAUUUAUUGCAGACUGUGACAGGAGAACAGAAGUGGCUAAGAAAAGACUAGCAGAAACCCAAGAAGAAAUCAGUGCUGAAGUUGCAGCUAAAGCUGAAAGAGUUCAUGAAUUGAAUGAAGAAAUUGGGAAACUGCUGGCCAAAGUAGAACAGCUUGGAGCUGAUGGAAAUGUGGAAGAAUCUCAAAAAGUAAUGGAUGAAGUGGAGAAGGCUCGGGUGAAGAAGAGAGAAGCAGAAGAAAUAUACAGGAAUUCUAUGCCUGCCUCCAGCUUUCAGCAGCAGAAGCUACGGGUUUGUGAAGUGUGCUCAGCUUAUCUUGGUCUUCAUGACAAUGAUCGACGACUUGCUGACCACUUUGGAGGAAAACUACAUUUAGGAUUUAUUGAAAUAAGAGAGAAGCUUGAGGAACUCAGGAGGAUUGUGGCUGAUAAACAGGAGAAACGAAAUCAGGAACGUCUGAAACGUAGAGAGGAGAGGGAAAGAGAAGAAAGGGAGAAACUGAGGAGGUCCAGAUCCCACAGCAAGCAUACUAAGAGAUCUAGGUCCCGAGAUCGCCGCAGACAUCGGUCUCGCUCAGCCUCCCGGGAACGAAAGAGAAGAACUCGCUCCAAAUCCCGUGAGAAACGCCAUCAUCACAGGUCUCGCUCUAACAGCCGCAGCCGGAGUCGCAGCCACCAUAGAAGCAGGCAUAGUUCCAGGGAGAGGAGCCGAGAACGCAGCUCCAAAAAGAGAUCCUCAAAAGAAAGAUCUUCCAGAGACAAAGAACGUUCGAGAGAUCGUGAUAGAACAUCACGUGAUAAAGAUAGAAGCUCGAGAGAGAGAUCACCGCGAGAUUUCAAAGACAAGAAACGUUCCUAUGAAAGUGCGAAUGGUCGAUCAGAAGACCCUAGGAGCUCAGAAGAGCGUGAAGCAGGGGAGAUAUAACUGGCUGUAUAUUCACCUGAUCUCUAGCUUCCUAUGGAGUUGCAUACUAUGGUUUAGUUUACAGUUGUUCAAAGGGACACCAGUGAGCAGUUCCAGACACUGAUCCAACUAGGGUAGAUGUACAGUAUAUAAAAGUGGUUAUAACCAAGUCAGAAUUAAACCCCAUCAAUUAAUGAUGCCUAAAGCUGGGUCCUGGACUUCCACCAAGUUGUAAAACUUUUCUGAAAGAUUUCUCUUUAUUCAGGACAACAGUUUUAUGUACCAAGAUGCAGAUCUCAAUGUUUUUAAUCUCCUUUCCAAUACAAGUUAGUGAACAAAUUCUAUUGUACUACUUGCCUUGGGUGCUUUUGAACCUUUAUCAAUUCUCCAAUUCUGCUCCAGUCAAAAUGGCAGCAUUGAAAGGUUGUAUUUGGGGGGAUUAUUUUUGUUUGCUUUUUUGUAAGAGGGUGGGUGGAUGGAUAUUAACUUUUACUCUAAGGUGGUGUUCCCAGUGAUUGAUUUUUUUUUGUUUGUUUGUUUGUUUGGGAACCUAGGAGUUGAUUACAGUGGGAGCAUUUAGACAGGAAUGUGUGCUGGAGAAAGCGGAAAUGUCUUUUUACAGUGCCUAUUUAGACUUGGAAAUUGAACAGCUGUUGCAUUACAUCUUUUUUAUUUCUACUUAAAUUUUGAAAUCAAAGCCAGUCCCAUAUCUGUACCAUUUGAUUGGUAUGUGUUCAAUAUAUUUGUUUUUUCC